AAGCCUUUCACUCUUCACUCACCAAAACCACCAAAACAAAGCAUCAAACACUUCAUCACCACAAAAGAUGGCGAAGCUCGCAGUCCUCUUGGCAACUUUUGCCCUCUUCCUCGUCCUGUCUAACGCCUCCAUCUUCCGCGCUGAAGUGGAGCUCGACGAAGACGACGUGAACCAGAGAGGCCCAGAAGGACGCUGCCAGAGGGAGUUCCAGCAGCAGCAGCAACUCAGGGCUUGCCAACAAUGGAUCCGCCGACGUGCCCAACGCGGCGGUGGCUCGGCCGAUGAUGACAUCGAGCUCGUGACUGAAGAGGACGACGUGAACCAGAGGACGCCAGCCCUCCGACAGUGCUGCAACGAGCUGCGUCAAGUUGACCGCAUGUGCGUGUGCCCAGUGAUAAGGCACGCGGCUCAACAGGUGAGGUACCAGGGACAGCACCAGCCACAGCAGGUGAGACAGAUGUUCCAAGCUGCUAGGAACUUGCCCAACAUCUGCAACAUCCCUGUCGGACAAUGCCAGUUCCAGGCUACCCCUUACUAAACCUGAAACCGGCACGUACGUGCAUGCAUGCAUGUUUCAAGGGUUUUGAAUUCGGCGUGGAGUUGAGUCGUCACACCUAAUCGUGUGAGUGGGUGCAUGUAUGCUGAGGUUAGAAGCAAAAUAAUGUAACUUGCACUCAUCCUUAAUAAAACGUUUUAACGUCUUCUCUA